GAUCGCGUGGUGAUUUAACAAAAUUAAGAUCAAAUUCAACAAAAUUCUCGUUUCGUUUUUUAUAUAUUUAUAUAUUCAAAUAUGGAGAAUAUGCAGAUAGAAGUUUCUCCGCGAACUGUUCUACGGAUUCAGCGUGAUCCUUCCGUGCUCCAACAUUUAUUGGAACAAUCUAAUUUGAUGUGUGUCAAUCAAGAUCCGUCGGAAAUAACUACGCAGGAAACAGAGGUAGCUUCGCCGAUUAUUUUCCAGGAAACAAUUGCUAACGUAGGCGGAUCAUCAGAUUCGUUGAUCGAAUACGAUGCAUACGAAGGAACGUCCCAAAGGAACGUGGCAGAAAAAGCAACAUGGGAUGAAGCUGCUGUGAAGCUUCUAAUCUCCUCGGUCGAAGAAAUUCGCCCGUCGGUCGGUAAAGCAAAUAAAUAUAAGACUAAGCAAAAGAUGUGGCAGGAAAUACAAGAGAGGCUGCAAAGUUACGGCUACGGUUUCACCACUAAACAAAUUUCCAAUAAAUUUUUAAAGCUGGAGCAAUCAUAUAAGCAAACAAAAGACCAUAACUCAAAAACUGGACGAGAUCGUCGGUCCUGUCCUUAUGAGAAGGAGCUAGAUGGUAUGCUAAAAAAUAGAGCUGCUGUUAACGCCUUUCACACAGUUGACGCCUCUGGUACAAUAAACAUGGAGAAUUUGGAUCCCGAAUGCAGCAAUGACAAGCCAGGUACAUCAAGAAACACAAACGAAGAUCUCGACACUCAAAAGGAAAGGUCUAGACGGAAUCGUAAAGACGAUAUAGUGAAUGAGUUGCGCCAUAUCAGAGAAUCCAACGAAGCAUUCCAAGAUAAAGUUCUGGAAAUUAUUGAAAAUGCAGAACAACAGAAAAUUAAUGCAAUGGAGGCACGGAAUGCGCUCUUUGAAAAAUUUAUUAAUAAGCUGUAA